UCGACAGCCACAUCCAUCGCUCUCCUCUCCUCUUCUCCUCACCUGCAGCCCUCCUCUCCACUCAUCUGCUGCAGCCCUCCAUUCAUCUGGAACCCUGAGCUACACCAGUCCUUCAUCCAACCCCACAUCAGCCCUCACUAUCAUGGACACCACAAGGAAAAUGCUCUCCAUCUGUGAGGCACUCUACCACCUUAUCGUCAUGAUGCUGACACUGGGCCAAGGAGUUCAUUGCAUGCCUGUUCCUACUGACGUCCCCAUGUGCACAGCCCCAGACACUGCCCAGUACAGGCUAACGUUCUCCGGCAAGUGGACCCAGGCAGCUUUCCCUAAACAGUAUCCUGUCUACCGCCCCCCUGCACAGUGGUCAAACCUCAUUGGGGUGACCCACAGCUCUGACUACCACAUGUGGCAGCGUAAUGAGUUUGCCAGCAACGGAGUGAGGGAGUUUGCGGAGAAAGGCGAGGCCUGGACGCUCAUGAAGGAAGUCGAGGCGGCCGGCGAACGCAUCCAGAGCGUUUAUGGGGUCCUCUCCGCUCCUGCUGUUAUGGGAGGCACAGGCCAGACGAACACUGAGUUCGAGGUCUUUGCCAGGCACUCCUAUCUGUCGUUUAUCGUGCGUCUCGUUCCAAGCCCAGAUUGGUUUGUGGGUGUGGAGAGCAUUGACCUGUGUGACGGGGACCACUGGAAAGAGAAUGUGUCGCUGGACCUUUUCCCAUAUGACGCAGGAACUGACAGCGGGUUCACCUUCUCUUCACCAAACUUUGAGACCAUCCCACAGGAUAAAAUCACACAGAUCACUUCUUCCUCACCUAGCCACCCCGCUAACUCCUUUUACUACCCCCGCCUGAAGCAUUUGCCGCCCAUCGCCAAGGUAAUGCUGACCAAAGUAAAGAAGACCAAUCAGAUCAUCAGCCUGCCUGUCGAACCCACCCAAUCCAACCAACUGCCAACAGGGAACGAGAUCGAGGACACGCUCAUAAAUACCCCUCUGGACUGUGAGGUGUCAGUGUGGUCUCCUUGGGGCUUGUGCAAAGGCAAAUGCGGAGACUCAGGCGUGCAGCACCGCACACGCUACAUCAUAAUGCACUCAGCCAACAAUGGAUUAGCCUGCCCCCUGCUGGAGGAAGAGAGGAAGUGCUUCCCCGACAACUGUUUAUGACUAGGCCAGGAGAGGAGGGAGAAGAAAGAGCGCAAGGAGAGGAGGGAGAAGAAAGAGAGGAAGUCCAGGAAAGGGAGGAAAGGACGAAGGCGGAGAAACAACAACAACAAGAGGUCUGCGGUGUAUUCACAUGAGGCAUAAAUAUGAUGACUCCCUUAUUUCCUCCCUGACUACGCCGUCCGAGGAGAUGACUGAUGUACUGUUUGAUUAUCUGAGUGUUUAACUGCAGAGCAAAUCUCAUCCUCAAGUCACACUGAUAAAUCUGACAGCACGAGUGAGGUGUAGUUUGGCAAACUGCUAUUAGACACCGACUCAGUUUUGGCAGAUUAUCAAAAUUGUCUGGGGAACAGAACAAUGCCGUUCUAAACACAGCCUUUAACUGAAAUAAAACUGAAAUAUAAACAUUUGUUUGCUCACAGUGGAUUAAAACUCCUCGCAGCUUUCGUCAAGCAGAGUUACAAAGAAAUCCAAAUAAAUGAUACUGAAGAUCUGAAGUCCCUACAUCCAAAAAAUACUUAACAGAAGAUCAAAAUAAUGUAAGCUGUAGCACAGGGGAAAACAUGAUGCCUCAAUUGUUCCAUCGGCAGAAGUUAAGUAGUACAUGCAAAAAAGCAAGUCAGACAUAGAAAUGAAUAAAAGGUCCUCCCUGCAUUUAAGACAUAAUGUGUACACAUUGUGUUUGCCCUCCUAAAGACAAAGAAUAUAUUUAUUGACAGGAUUUUAACCUGUAGUGUACAGUAUAUCAAAUCUGAAAGUAAUAAGUUGUAUGCCUUUAUGUUAUUGAGAUAUUAGUUCAGGUUUUUUUUUUGUAAAAAAUGCUAAAAAUGUACAAAAAUGUAUGU